AGUUGAAGCGGAAGUCUGCCUCAGCGGGGAAGCCAACUUAACCGAACCACAUCUACACACGAGAAAACAAGCUCUCUUCCUGGGCGGACGGAGUUUAUUCUUCUUCCUGUUCAUCGACUUCAAGGGGCGUGGAGUGACGUGUUGAAGCGCGCCUAUUGAGUGACAUUUUUUUCAGUGCAACCGGAGCAUUUAAUCUUGACUUUUCUAAACUGGUGACGCCCUCGUCAGCCUCCAACAAACCCAGGCAGACUACCUCAUUAAGCUUUUUCGACCUGCCAGUGGAUCAUUAACCAGCUUUUGCUUUGACUGAAAACCAAAGCAGCAAAAAAAAAAAAAUUCUAAUAUGUUUUAAAUAAAUCACACUAGGAACACUUGGACAUUUGCUUCUUUUUAAGCUUUAAAGGAAUUAAUUUGUGAAAAUGCAUGCCAGGAUGGAAGCAGCAGACAUUGCAGUGGUUGCACUGUAUUUUGUCCUGGUGCUGGCCAUCGGGCUUUUGGCCAUGUGGAAAGCCAAUCGCAGCACAGUGAGUGGCUACUUCCUCGCUGGACGCUCCAUGAACUGGGUAGUGAUAGGGGCAUCCCUCUUCGUCAGCAACAUUGGCAGCGAACACUUCAUAGGUCUAGCUGGGUCGGGUGCAGCAAGCGGCUUUGCUGUAGGAGCCUGGGAAUUCAAUGCACUCCUUCUUCUGCAGCUGCUCGGCUGGGUGUUUAUUCCAGUCUACAUCUACUCUGGAGUUUACACUAUGCCAGCGUACCUGUCAAAACGUUUUGGUGGGAACAGGCUGAAGGUUUACUUCGCCUGCCUGUCUGUGCUGCUCUACAUCUUCACAAAGCUCUCUGUGGACCUGUAUGCUGGUGCUCUCUUUAUUCAGGAGUCCCUGGGGUGGAACCUAUAUCUUUCAAUUCUUCUGCUCAUCAGUAUGACUGCUCUUCUUACCAUCACCGGUGGAUUGGUUGCAGUGCUCUACACAGAUGCUCUUCAGGCAGUGCUGAUGAUUGGUGGAGCCCUGACCUUAACCAUCAUGAGCCUAAUAAAAGUUGGUGGACUAGAAGGGGUCAGAACUAAAUAUAUGCAAGCCAUUCCUAAUGUCACUGCAAUAACGGCUGCUGGAAACUACACAUAUUCACCAUCUUGUCGCAUUGAACCAAAGCCAAACUCACUACACAUUCUUCGCGGCCCUCUAGAUGAGGAUAUUCCUUGGCCAGGUUUCAUUCUGGGGCAAACCCCUGCAUCCAUUUGGUACUGGUGUGCAGACCAGGUCAUCGUGCAGAGAGUAUUAGCUGCUAAGAACAUUGCUCAUGCUAAGUGCUCAACACUCAUGGCUGGAUUUCUCAAGAUCCUGCCCAUGUUUGUGAUAGUCAUUCCAGGAAUGAUCUCCCGCAUCUUAUUCGCAGAUGAGAUUGCCUGCAUCGGGCCGGAGCACUGCAUGGCUGUGUGCGGUUCCCAGGCUGGGUGCUCGAACAUCGCUUACCCACGCCUGGUGAUGGCGGUGAUGCCAGUGGGACUCAGGGGGCUUAUGAUGGCGGUCAUGAUUGCUGCUUUGAUGAGUGAUCUUGACUCAAUCUUCAACAGCGCAAGCACCAUCUUCACCCUGGACAUCUACCAGACUGUCCGGAAGACGGCUUCGCAACGCGAGCUGCUAAUUGUUGGCCGCAUGUUUGUUGCGGUAAUGGUGGUAAUCAGCAUCUCUUGGGUCCCUGUAAUCAUUGAGAUGCAAGGUGGACAGACAUACAUGUACAUCCAGGAAGUUGCUGGCUAUCUCACCCCACCAAUAGCUGCCCUUUUCCUGCUUGGUGUGUUCUGGAGGAGGUGUAACGAGAUGGGCGCCUUCUGGGGAGGCAUGACGGGUUUCGUGCUCGGUGCCGUACGGCUGAUCCUUGCCUUCUUUUACCGCCAGCCUCGCUGUGACCAGCCAGACGACAGACCCUUCUUCAUCGUCCACAUUCAUUACAUGUACUUUGCAGCUGGACUCUUCUGGAUUUCAGGGUUGGUUGCUGUGGUGGUCAGUCUUUGUACCUCUGCACCGGAUGAUGAACAGGUGCACAACACCACAGUCUGGGGGCUCCGCAAGCUGGAAAAGGUUCCCCCAAAGGACAGGGCUGUAAAGUACAGUCUCACAGAGAAGAACCAAUGCAACGGCAGCGAAGUUUGCUAUAAAGACAUUCCUGCAGAUGUCAAAAUGGAGAGGUGUCUAGAUGGAGCUGAGCUCAAGCUACUGGUCCCGUCCACAGACCAUGAUCCAGCUACUUCCAGCACGGAAACAUCCCCUGCCUCCACCCCUGCUGAGCAGCCUGCUUUCAACCAGAUGAAUAUGAUCAGACCAGAACAAGGAGAAAAAGGCCAUUGCAUGCGCUUUAUUGACUGUUUCUGUGGGUACAAAGAAGAACCACACGGCACUCCGCAAAAAGUCUUGCAGGAAGAUGAGCGGGUGAUUGCAGCGAUGCUGUACGAAUCCCCCAGAGUUAAACUCCUUCUCAACCUGGCCCUGUUCACGGUCUGCUCUGUGGGCAUAUUCAUGUUUGUGUACUUCUCACUGUAGUUGGACCCUGUACAGAACUGUUUAGAUUUUUUUUUUUCAUAAGUGCAAGGUUUCUUUGGGCUGUUACAGCAGUAAACAUGUUUUUUUCUCAGAUUAUGAAUUUUGUCUGUAAUAUUUACAGUUAUUUUUUGUAGCUUACUAACCUAAGCUUAUCAUUUUUAAAUGAGUAAAGCUUCUCCAUGUGAAAAAGAAAAGCAAAACACAACCUACUUCUAUGUGACUGAGUCCUAUUGUCGAUCUUGCAUUUAAAAUGUCUACUUGGACUUUCAGAGUUGUUCUAUCAGUGAAUCUAAUAUUUGCCUUACUAUAUAUAUGUUUUUGUUGCAUUUGAGGAUGAGUUGAAAUAUUUGAAGGGGUGUAAGAGAAAACAUCAAGAAGAAUUGCUCGGUACUUAACAAAUGAUGUUUGUAUUUUAAAGUAUAUUUUUAAUAGACAUAACUGAAACUAUUGAUUUGACUUAAUGUGUUGCAUUUAGAACCACUUUGUAGAGUUGGAAUUUAGAAAUGUAUCCAUGUUUUUCUGCUGAUUGGUGUCAGAAAGCGAAGCACAACUUAAAUUAUUUUUCCUCUUUUUCUUAGUCAAAGAUAGAGAUGGUAUAGCUAAUUUGGUAACUUGACCAAAUUUCAGUCACUUUUGGAGUAUUAUUGCUCUUUAUACACUGUUUUUUACACAACAUUAUGUUUGUGAUUUUUUUUUUGUAGCUAUUUUAUUGUAUCAAAAAGCACCAGUUAGCCAGUUUUAAUUUAAUGCCUUGUGUCUGACAUUAGAUAUCUAAAGACUUUUGCAAAUCUUUUCGGGCUCAUUUUGUUCAAAUUGCUUUCAUACUAAACUGUGUGUCCACUGUUCGUUUUUUAAAUAUUGUCUUUUUAAGUGCAUUUUCUAUGACUCCUACCAAAUGUGUCUUAUUGUGCACUGCAUAAGUUAAGGGGAUGUUGGGGGGGAAAGAAGAAAAUUUACAAAGAACACAUUACAAAGAAAAUAUAAAGUAUUUUUAAAGUCUUCACUGAACCAGCUUUUUAAUACAGUGUUUUUUUUGGUGGCAUAAAUUGAGACUGAUGCUGCAAAACUUAAAUAACAUUUAUGCCAGGGUUAGCAUUUUGUUGGCACGGCUUACUUCUUACAUGAUCACUGAAAUUUCUUUUUUUUUUAAUCUGCUGAUCUUCUGGAUUGUGAAAAUUGUUUGAGUCACGAUUGCAAAAGAUACAAAUUUAAAGGAAGAUUUGAAUCAAGUUUUGCCCAACCCUGAGUGCACAAUGUCAGUGAAUGGGACAGGCAAACCCCUUUUUCAUGUCAAGACACGUUGGGAUGAUAAGAGACGAUUGCUGUAUGGGAAAAAGCUUCAAAAGUUUUUUUCUUUUCUUUUUGUUAUUUUUAUUCAAGAGACUGUAAAUAAAGUUUCUGUGGAGACCAGAA